AUGGUCAUUUUGUGCAGACUGGGUUUCUGUGGGUGGGGGGAAGGAGCAAGGAUCUGUUGCCACCGUCGAGGAGGAGGGGAGGUAUGGGUAUGGGUCUGGAGGCAAGGGCUGGGGGAUGGAAUAGGUCUGGGUCUUGGGGGCAAGGGCUGGGGGUGGAUCUCGCGUUGGGAUGGUUCUCGACUGGGGAGAGAGAACAAAAAUAAUGGGGGGUACGGGGGUGUGGGGGUAGGGGAGAGGGAUCUGUGGGGUAGGGGAUUGAUUUGGAGAUGGAUGAUUGGUUUGAGGGUGGAGGGUGAUGGUCAAAUAGGGAAUGGGAGGAGAAGAAAACCCAAGAAGGGUAGGGGCGGGCUGGGCUUAGGGGUAAAAGAACAUAAUGGGGAGGUGAGGGGAGGAGUCUAUGGGGUAGGGGAUUGA